GGAUUUACUGGAAGAGCGAAUGGGGAUGAAAAAUCCUAGUUUUUCAUGUUUCCAGCAUUGUUUUGAAUGGUGAAAUAUCUCUUUUAGUUUAAAACGUUUCGAAUAAUUUAUAUUCAUCAUCAGUUUGAUGUCUUUGUGGCUUUUUUUCCAAGAAAUAGGAAAACUGCAGUGGGAGGGAAGAAACAGGAAAACGGAAAAUGACCAAAAGAAAAGUCAAACUGUCAAAAGUAAACGAAAAUUCAAGUUGGUAUUGACAGAACGGAAAAGAAGAAACAGAAGGGAGGAAAAAAGUUGUGUUGUUUUGGAAAAACUUGGAAAAUUGCAAAGAAAAACAACACAAAAUGCCGGAGGAACAGGAGCAGCAGCAAGGGGAGAUUGAGAAUGUGAGGGUGGUUAUCCGGGUGCGCCCCAUGGACAAGCUGGAAUUGGACGCAGGGGCGAAUAAUAUUGUGAAAGUGGACAAAAUCAAUCGUUCCAUCACAGUGACAAAGCCCUCCAGUAGCCCCGGAGAACCCCCAAAGAUCUACUACUUCGACAAUGUCUACGGAGAAGAAUCAACACAGAUCGAUCUCUAUGUGGAUACAGCACGUCCAAUUGUCGAUAAAGUUCUCGAGGGCUACAAUGGGACGAUCUUGGCCUACGGACAGACGGGCACGGGUAAGACCUACACAAUGUCCGGCAUAUCGUCCUCCCCACAGACAAAGGGUAUCAUCCCCAAUACAUUUGCCCACAUCUUUGGGCACAUUGCAAAAGCAAAAGAGAAUCAAAAGUUUCUUGUACGCGUGAGCUACAUGGAGAUUUACAAUGAGGAGGUGCGUGAUUUACUGGGCAAGCAAUUGAAUAAGAGCCUGGAGGUGAAGGAACGCUCAGACAUUGGGGUCUUUGUGAAAGAUCUCAGUGGGUACGUUGUCCACAAUGCAGAUGAUUUGGAGAAUAUAAUGAAGUUGGGAAAUAAAAAUCGCGCAGUUGGUGCGACGAAAAUGAAUACCGAAUCAUCGCGAUCGCACGCAAUUUUCUCCAUCACAGUGGAAUCCAGUGAAACCGAUGACAAUGGUGAGCAGCACGUGAAGAUGGGGAAACUACAGUUGGUUGAUUUAGCUGGCUCUGAGCGUCAAAAUAAGACCCAAGCCACUGGGAUGCGUCUCAAGGAGGCCACCAAGAUAAACCUGUCGCUGUCGGUUCUGGGAAAUGUGAUAAGUGCCCUUGUUGAUGGGAAGAGUACGCACAUUCCGUAUAGAAAUUCCAAAUUGACGCGAUUGCUGCAGGACUCCCUUGGGGGGAAUUCCAAGACGGUGAUGUGUGCGAGUAUUAGUCCAGCUGAUAGUAACUACGUGGAGACUAUUUCGACGCUGCGAUAUGCAGGAAGGGCUAAGAAUAUCCAGAAUCGCACACAUGUCAAUGAUGAGCCGAAGGAUGCACUUCUGCGGCAUUUCCAAGAGGAGAUUGCUGAGCUCAAGAGGCAAUUGGAGGAGGGGGUGUUUGAGAUAAAUUCCUCCGAAGAUGGUGAUGAGGAUGCCGAGGAGAAUGAUGCAGCGAAUGAUGAGGUGGAUGACGAUGAAGAGAAUAUCAAGAGGAAGAAGAAGAAGUGCAAGGGGAACAGGAAGCUCCUGGAUGAUGAGAAGGAGAAGGAGAAGAGUGAUGCAGAGAAGGAAUUGCUGGAGAAGAAGGCACUGGAGAGUGAGCAAGAGUUGAAUAAGGCAAAAUCAGAGCAGGAUCAGUUGCGUGCAAAAUUGCAAUCGCUUGAGAAUAAAAUUCUCGUUGGUGGUGAGAAUUUGCUGGAGAAGGCGAAUGAGCAGGAGAAGCUGCUUGAGCAGUACCUCGUAGAGUUGGAGAUGCGUACAAAGAGUGAGCAGGAGCUGAAGGAGUCACUGCAGAAGAAGGAAGCUGAGAGGAUUGACAUUGAAGAGCGGUAUUCGUCGCUUCAGGAGGAAUGUGUGGGGAAGACGAAGAAACUCCAGCGUGUCAUGCAGAUGCUAAUGAGUGUAAAGUCCGAAUUGGCGGAUCAGCAGCAGGAGCAGCAGCGUGAAAAGGAGGGCAUCUACGAGAGUAUUCGGAGUCUUUCGCGUGAGCUGGCGCUGUGUGAGUUGGUGCUCAAUUCCUACAUCCCAAAGGAGUAUCAAACAAUGAUUGAGCGCUUUACGCAUUGGAAUGAGGAUAUUGGUGAGUGGCAGCUCAAGUGUGUGGCCUACACAGGGAAUAAUAUGCGAAAGAAUAUCCCAGAACCGAGGAAUUCCAACAAGGAGCCUGAUUUUGUGGAUCUCUCGCAUGUGUACCUAAGUUACAACACAGACAAUGUAUCCGAUCCAAUACGCAGCAAGACAAGUCGACCCCGUACUUCGGGUGUACCCAGACCAACAACCACCAGGCGCUACGUGUAAUCAUGCAGCAAACAAUCCUCUCCACAAUGCAACUUGGGAAUUUUUUUCGUUUCCAUUUCAUUGAGAUCUCUGUAGAUUCCUCAACAUCCAUGCCACCCAUUUAAUCUUUGAUGUUCACACAAGCACGAGCUUUUAUGUGCAUUUCUUUGGGUACCUACAUACAUAUAUAUAUUCACCUG